UUGUUCCCGUUUCAAAAUGGCGAAUUUAGGUCUGUUAUAUCUCGAACGCUAAGGCUUCCGAGGGAUCCUCGCGCGUGACAGUCCCUACGCUAACGGGUAGCGGCGCGACGGCCCGCCCGGGACCGGCUCCUGUCGACCGCCGGCGGAGGUUGACGACCUAUCGAUUUUUUUGUCUGCGACCUCUCGUCGUCGGGCGGGCCGGUGUCGGCGGCCGAGGUGGCCGAGACGCUCCGGGCUCGGCGGAGGCGGGCUGGUGUCGGGAGCCGCACGUCGCCGCGCCGCUCUGCACCGCAUCGUGUCGCGCUUUGUCUCGGCCGUAGUCAGCUGAGCGGCGCGCCACCAUGGCAGAAUAUCAUGGGCAAAGUAUGGACGCUGGCGGGAAUAAUUUUGACUCCGGUCAGCAGCCACAGGAGCAGGAGUUGGCGACGAAAAUGCUGCAGAUCCAGUCGAAACGGUUCUACCUGGACGUGAAGCAGAACCGACGCGGCAGGUUCAUCAAAGUGGCAGAGGUGAGCAUCGGCGCGGACGGGCGGCGCAGUCAAAUCUUCCUGGCGAUGUCUACGGCGGCGGAGUUCCGCGACCACCUGUCCAGCUUCAGCGACUUCUACUCGUCGCUGGGGCCGCCCAACCCAGACAACGUGCCCGACGACGGCAAGCUCAAGUCAGAGAUGAUGCUGAAGGACAACCGGCGGUACUACCUGGACCUGAAGGAGAACUCGCGCGGGCGCUUCCUGCGCGUGUCGCAGACCAUCACCCGCGGCGGCCCGCGCUCGCAGGUGGCGCUGCCGGCGCAGGGCAUGAUCGAGUUCCGCGACGCACUCACCGACCUACUCGACGACUUCGGCAUCGAUGACGGAGGGUUCAAGGGCGAGCUGCCCGAGGGCCGCCAUCUGCGCGUCGACAACAAGAACUUCUACUUCGACAUCGGCCAGAACAACCGCGGCAUCUACAUGAAAGUCAGCGAGGUGAAAAGUAACUUCCGCACCGCCAUCACAGUGCCGGAGAAGUGUUGGACGCGGUUCCGCGACAUCCUGGCCGACUACUGCGACAAGAUGUGCCGCGCGCACCAGCCCGCCGACUCGCAUCAGGAGACGGUGGGAGCGCCGCACCGGAUUUGAUGCGCGCGGCAGUGAGGGGCGGGGACACGGGGCGAGGGGGGCGCGGGGGAGGGCGGGGCGCGCGGUCAGUGACCGGCCGGGCCGCCGCCACACAAACUGAUGCUUUAUUAUUAUGUGUAUAUAGUAUUGAUAUGAUUAUGUAGUAUGUUAUAUAUUUGGCGCUACGAGACCACCCGGGCCUCGGCCCGGCCGCGGCGCGAGCUCGACUCCGCCAUCACAAGGUACUAAUGUUGCUAAUGUUGCACUCCGACGGUUCAUUUGUUGUUGACAUUGUAGGAGGCGCUCGUUCGUGGCCUUUUAAUCUAAAUUAUUACUUGCGCCGCUCGCCGAGGGCGGCCUUAUUUUAUUAUUUUUCUGAAAGAAACUAACUUUAGACGGCUUUGAGCUUUAUUUUUAAAUUAUCACUUUAUUUUAUUCUCUUUUUUUAAUUUGUGUAAAUAGUUUUCGGCACAUGGUAUCGAGAAUAUGAAGUAGAACGAAUGUUGAUACACUAUAUAGCGAGGCGGAGAUGUAUUCCGAGGUGUAAGUCAUAUUAUUUCGUUAAGUUAUAUGAUAUUAGGGCCGGAGUGCCGGGCACGCGACAACAUAAUAAAGUUUCGAUACAAUUGCGACGGCCACUUGUCUAGUUUGUAGGUGUAUGUGUUUUUUCUUUACUAUGAUUAUUGAAUGAUAGUGUUUACUGGCAGCGCGGAGUAGGCAGGGCUCGUGCCGGCCGCGGUGUACUCGAAUCAUUAGAUUUACGACGCACUGCUGUGAUAUACAUAGGCGUACGAUCCGACGGAUUUAAAAUGUUAUUACGUACGGGACGGACGCGGCCGCGGUCACGUCCUUGUUAUUUGGUAGGUUUGUACUGUAUUCUAAAUUGAACGAAAAUAUUGGCUUCGAUUCAAAACGGUUGCUGUCAAAAUUAUGGGUAAUUGGCGAUUCAUUAAUGUUAGGACGGACCCCUCAGUGAGGGCAGUGCACUACGAGGCGGCGGCGGGGCCUUGGAACUUACUCUACUCAUGUAUUUACGCAUUUUGUUUGAUUAUUAUGUUUUAUUAUGACUACAUCACUCCGAUUCACCCUUUAUUGGUAGCUUUAGGCGUAUCGCAACGCGGUCGCAACAUCCGCAGUAACUGUACCGGUGUACCAUAGUACCAGUGUACCAGAGUACCAGAGUACCUAGUGCCGCGGCGCUGGGUAUGUGAUACCCGGCGCUGGGCAGUCUCCUGUGAAUAAUGCAAUAACGAGAUCGUGGUGUAUCUAUGACGGCCUGAUAUAAUUUGUUUGUGUGUGUGUAAGUGCAUUAGUUUUACUUAGUUUUUUUUCACACGCACAGAGUGCGCCACUGGUAUCGCUCAGUAUUGUUUGUUGUGUUCUCUCAGGGCGCCCUCGGACUCUCUCAGCUGUUGAAUACGUUUACAUUUUGUGUGAAACGAAUUUAAGUAUACAUUUAUCUGUGAAAUAUUCAUAAAGUUAAUUGACUGCGAAAUUAUUGUAAAUUGGACUGCGAGAUCUAUUAUAUUAUAAAUAUUGUAUCUUUCGAUAUAUGCGACCUGUGGCGCGUACGGUUGUACCGCUCUGUGUCUGUAUGUAUGUAACGUGCUCUAUACGUAACUACUCGUGAGUGAGCGGACUUUGUAGUUAUUGUACUGUUAUGUUGUUCCAUGGACUUAUGAAGUUAAUACAAGCAAGUAUGUGGUUAGUGCUAGACACAUAGACUACUUCACCCGUAAGGUUACAUAGACAUAGGCCCGCGCGGCUGCGUAGGUUAAUUUACAGUACAUUUUCCUCUGGAGACCAUUCUAUAUAGAGUGACAUAAGUUGGUGACGUCCGAUAAAGUGUUACAUAAUAUAGAAGAAAAUAUGAAAUACCUAUAUAAAACAUUUCUCUAUACGAAUAAAUAAAAGAUAGAAAUAUAUACAAAGCGGGGGCGGGCGAGCGCGUCGCCGUAAGUAAGUUAGGAUAGUUCGCGACACGCGGGGCGGGCGCGGGGCCCGGCGCGCCCGACGCCAGGCGCGGGGCCCCACUGUACGACGCUGUACUACCGGGCCCCGCCUCGCGACUUGGGCUUCAUUUUAAACUAAACUAUUUAUGGUACAAAAGUAAUUUUACUUCCAUAGAUGUUUAAGAUCUACAGAGUUUAUAUUUAGACUUGAAAUAAAAGAGGUUAUAUUCGCUCGGUCGUGGGCCGGCCUGGCACUCGGUCGAUAAAGUAUAAAUAAAUUAAAGCUAUAUGUAUAAUGAGAUGAAUAAUAGUCUAUACGUGGAGCUAGGUACCGCGCGGCCCCAUAGCGCGGCCCCAUACCGCGGCCAGUCAGUGCUGCCCCUGUGAUAGCGCGCCCCGCUCCGCCCCGCCCCGCCACCCCCGCCCCGCCCUCACCCGCUUGCCGACUUCGCGUUCCUUCACUUAGGUUUAUGAUGCCCACUGGGCCAUACGUUCGCGUUGCACAUGUCCACUGUAUCCCAUGUCCCACCUCUUCCGCCCCUCCUCGCUCGCUACAUAGCAGCGAGCCGCUCUGUCCGUAACGCGUGCUCCUCAACUCCACUUGUCUUUCUCGUUCAACGAUUUUACUGACCAAAUAUGUUCAACACUUGGGUUGUGACUUCUCACUGUGAUAUUUGGUCAGUCACUGCCUGCAGUGGAGUGGCCCCUGUAACGCCACGGUCCUCCUCCGGCAGCGAAGCGUCCCCCAUAGUAAACAACGACGAACGUAUGUCACUAGUUCGGGCGGUGUUUGUCUAGUUGGUGUGCAGUCUGAUGCCUGGUGGUGAUAGUCAAUUAUUAUAAUAUUCAUUAUCCGCGACGCAUCGCCGCUGUCACUGCGGCCCAGUGCGGCCCGGCGCGGCCCAUGCGGCCCUGCGCCCGGGCGGCCCGGGCGGUAGUAGUCAGACCGCCAGUGACAGCGGCGAGGCAGCCGCACGCCGCCCCCGCUUCCUAAGUGUUAAAUAGGUCACUAUAGUUACGAAUCGAAUCAACUGCUAAAAUAAAAACUAAAAAAAAAUCAGAGUUAUAAUAGUACGUUAGUUUUAAUUAUAUUUCUGAUAUUAAUUGAUGUUUUGCUAAAAGAUAAUUUAUCUGUACGUUAGGCGCGAGGCCGCGGCCCGCCACAUUGUUUCUGUGAGGGCUGAGUGCCACCAUUCAUUGUUAGACUUGCUACUCGACGUCGACAGGUAUACCGAGUCGACGCUCACACUCGUCCAGUAUGGCGCGGUUUUAUUUUUCUGGUCAGCUUGUAAAUUCAUACCGCCCUUGUACAAAAUAUAAACUUGUGAAAAAUCAUUUUAUAAUUACAUGUAAGCAAUACCACAGUACCUGAGAUUGAAAUAAAAAUUAUUAAAAUGUAAUAGUAUGAAAAUAGCGGUUGGACACAAUACAAGACAAGUACUCGGCGGUUUUCGAUGAGCAGUAACUAAACAGGAUAGGUUUGCAACUCUACUUUGUGGAUUUAGUUAGGUUUGUGUUUUAUUUAGUACGUCUGCGGCCGAUCGUCGGCUGAGGGUCGAGAGGUCGGAAGGUCGGAGGGCUGCAGCUGUAGGGAGACUGCAGGAGAGCGAGCGAGCGAGCGAGGCGAACGACGCGAGCGAGCUGCGGCCCCUAGGGUAAACGGUUGAAGGGAUCACAUGCGAGGUGAUAGGAGUUGUUCUUAGCCAUAGGGAGUACGCGGGCCCGCCCGCCGCCCGGGCCCCGCGCGGCCGGCGGGCCCCUUAAGGUAUGCUUAGGACGUGCCAUAACACGUUGCGAUCAUGUCAUCACAUCUAUGUAUAGGUACCUUUGUAUUUACGUCCACGAGGAGGAAGGAGAUGGCUUCAGUUUCACGUCGGCGUCUAUAUGCGUCGGCUGCGUUUGUUUUGAUUUCAGUUUCUCGUACGAUAAGUGAGACCCGACAGCGGGAGCGGGCCGGCGUCCGGCGCCGACCCGGUCCGGCUGUGGGACGGUAUGAUAAGUGCUAACGUUUCGUUCGUGGGUAUUAGUGAAGGUCUCGUGUGGCCUCAUGCCGCGAGUCACGUCACGAUGAUAUCAUGAGUCAGACGGAGGUGAAUAAAUGAUACUGCCAAUCGAUUGUAGUUUAUAUUUAAUAAUGGUAAAUGAUUUGUAGACUUAAAACUAACAAUUUCGAGAUAUUGUGUCCUAAAUAUUUAUGUAUAGUAUCGAUACAUCUGAUGGCUCGGUGCUGUCCACGCGUGCACUCGGCGGGAGGCGUGGACAGGGCCGGACUCGUGUGUAAAUGUUUUCCUUAGGGUGAGGACGAUGGAUACAAACUGUGUUCUGUAGAGUACCGACCGACAGGGCGUUGUCUAGAUAGGAUUGCACACGUCGCGGGCGCGGGCAUGGCUCACCUGGGCUGCGCCCGCGCAAGCGAUGUUAUUAAACGUGGACUACGUUCGCGAAUGAUGCUAAGGUGUAAAAAAAAAUAGAUUGCAAUAUAAAUGUGGUUGUUAGGUAUAAUGGUGACGGCAUAUUGGGUGUUGUGUAUGGAGAGGAGGCGACUAGGGAAGGGAUACGAAGGGAACGUUUUGAUAAAUAUGCGUCGGCAAGGACGGUCGAAGUUUUAAUAAUAUAAUUUGCGUAUUAGUAUUCAUUUCUAAAACACAGAGCAUCCAAUGCGCGAAGUGGAUUACGAGUCAGUUUUCUAAAUAAAAGACACCCAAUAUGCAACGGAGUAGUUGGUAAUGCGAUAUCGUAAUGUUUGGAACUCUGGGACUGACAUGGCUCAUGUGAUGAGGAUAAAUUUUUUUUGAAUAUUUUUUUUGUCUAAAUUGUCUAAAUUUCUCAAUUCGUGUAUGACACGGCUCGCUAGUAUUGAGACUGGUUCGGUGUGGGCGUACGGUGCCGCGUCCGGGCGCGCUCCGCCGGACCGGCGCCGCUCGUGCGCGGCACUCGUACGCCAGUGAGAUUUUGUAUCCAAAGAUUGUAUAGUGUGAUGUAUAACUUCCUAUAGGUUUAUUAUUAUACUAGUAUUUUAUAUACUUGUUGUUUUUCUAUUGUUUGACACUUGGUGUUUGGAACAUUGUCAGAUCUCCCGAUCGAAUUUUAUUGAAUAAAAUUUGCUUGUAAUGUUUUGUAAGUCAGUUACUGACGCCAUUAGUGGUCUGUCUUAGAAUUAAAUUCAAAAUUCGAUGGAUUAUAAGCAGUGUCUGUAACUUUUUUUGUAUGUAUAAUAUGUAUUAACUGAGGGAAUGGAAUGGAUCUCUGCGCUACGACCGGGCACAAGUGAAGUGUUGUAGGAUCGAUCUCGCGAGGUGUUGGCCGCGGUGGUAGCGCGGAGCGGUCGUGUGCGAGGGGCAGUCAAACUGCAAGUAGAUGGUGCUUGAGUGUACUUACGAUGGAUAUCAUAUUAUUUCUAUUUUAUAACUGAAAUUAAACGCCUAUUUAUUUUGUGUAAGUUGAAGUGAAAUUGUUAUUUUUAAUCAAAAUUAAUUUGGUCAAACUGUCCAUGUCUUAGUUCUUUGUAAGCGCAACACGUUCGUGUAUAGAAUAAUGUAAUUGGCGCCAUCUAUCGGUCGCCACCGAGUACUAAUAAGUAGCGGUUAGUUAGAGAGGACGUGUUGCGUACGACCGAACGUCGUGACGUGAGUGGCAUGCGCACGCGGCGACGCGGUCUGCGCGCGGCCCCACUGGCGGGCCCACUGGCGGCCCCACUAGCGGGCCCCUUCCGGGCCCCGAGCCUGUCACAGGGCGCUGAGUGCGGCCCCGUGCGCACGCCGCGCCGCCGCGCGUUGUUGGAUCGCUCGACAUACACAAGGCGGAAUAUUGGUGCGCGACUGCGACGCGCGGUGUGCCGUAGGAAAGUUUUACGAUAAAUGGUGAAAAAAUAAAGAAAUUACAAAAAAA